AUGCUCCUGCUCCUUUGCCGCCGUCUUCCCUCCGUUGCUGCAGGGCGCCAAUUCUCCAACCUGAUCCAAGAUGGCUGCCUGGUUUUCCAGUCGCAGUCCCUGGACAUCCACCAGAACCUGGCACUGGAGGACUGGAUAGAGUCUCAGGUGGACCUCACUGGCCGCCGCCUGCUGCUGCUGUGGCGAAGCCGCGUUGCCGUGGUGAUCGGCCGCCAUCAAAACCCGUGGGCGGAGUGCGAUCUGGGCGCCAUGAGCCGGGCUGGUGUCCCAUUGGCUCGCAGACGCAGCGGGGGUGGGACCGUCUACCACGACUCAGGGAAUCUGAACCUGACUUUCUUUAGCGGCAGGAAACUAUAUGACCGAGAACGGAACCUGCGCAUCGUCACGGCAGCGCUUAACAGGGUGGUGCCAGGGCUGGACGUGAAGGCCACAGAGAGACUGGACAUCGUGCUGAACGGGAAAUACAAGAUCUCAGUGUACAUCAUUGCAAAAGAAGUGUGCGCGUAUGCCUCCACUCAGUUGGUGAACCUGCAGAGGCACCUGCGCACACACACAGGGGAGAAACCCUACCACUGCCAGCUCUGCACCUACUCCUGCAGCUCCUUGGGCAACCUGCGGAGGCACCAGAGGACACAUGCCACCGAGAGGAAGAGGAGAAGGGAGGAGACCAAGAUGGGGAAGAAGAAGAAAAAGAAGAGGAGGGAGGGAGACGAGGAAGUGGCCUCCUCCCUGGCAGUGUCUCCUCCUGGAUUCCUGUCUCUGGGCUCCCUGGACUCCUCUCGUUUGCCUGCGCUUCUGUUCCCAGUUCUGUGCAGAGUCUGUGGACAGAGUGUGGAGGAGGAGAGCGAAAGAGGAGACGCAGACACAGACACACAGGUGUGCCGCGGCUGCUCCACGGCACCCUCGCCUCCUCCUGCUCCUCGCUCUCGUAGAAAACCCUCCAGGAGAACUCUUCACCGCUGCCCCCUGUGCCCGUUCUUCUCCCUGUACCCGUACCACCUGACACGGCACCUGCAGACUCACGACUCUAGCAAACCGCACCGCUGCGCACACUGCACCUACGCCUCCUCGCACCCAGACAACCUGAAGCGCCACAUGCGUGUGCACACGGGCGAGAAGCCCUUCACCUGCGCCUCCUGCAGCUACGCCUGCGGGAACCUGGCCAACCUGCGGCGCCACGAGCGCGUGCACUCGGGCGCCAAACCGUUCCACUGCGGCGUCUGCGGCUACAGCUGCAACCAGAGCAUGAACCUGAAGCGCCACAUGCUGCGCCACACGGGCUUCAAGCCCUACAGCUGCGAGUGCGGCUAUAACACCGGCCACUGGGACAAUUACAAGAGGCACCAGCGCAAGCACGGCCACGACACCGACCUCUGGGACAAGCGAACAUACGAGACCAACGCUGACCAGGCGGGGGGGAGCGAGAUCCUGGACUCUAAGGAGAACCUGGACUCUAAGGAGAACGAGACUCGGCCAUCAUGA